AUUUAUUUGUAGUAGUAGACUAGUAGUAGUAGAAGUUGUGCGUUUGUGUUGUUCUUCGCCGGCGCCGCCGCCCAUGGCCUCUUCCAUGGCCGCCACCGCCACCCUCUCGCCGCCGGUUUUAUCCGCCGAGAGGCCGACUGUCCGCGGCGGCCUCUUCUUGCCCCCUUCGCCGGCGACCUCCCGCUCUCUCCGCCUCCAAUCCGCCCGCCGCUGCGGCAUCUCGCCGGCGACCAGGAAGCCACGCUCCUUGCCUCGAGCAGCCAAGGUUGUUGUGGCUGUGAAGGCUGAUCCUUUGAAGGUCAUGAUAGCAGGGGCUCCAGCAUCUGGAAAGGGAACGCAGUGUGAGCUCAUCAAGAGCAAAUAUGGUCUGGUGCACAUUUCUGCUGGAGAUUUGCUAAGGGCAGAAAUUGCUGCAGGCAGUGAGAAUGGGAAGCGAGCUAAGGAAUUUAUGGAGAAGGGUCAGCUGGUUCCUGAUGAGAUUGUUGUUAAUAUGGUGAAGGAACGCCUUCUGCAACCAGAUGCUCAGGAAAAGGGUUGGUUGUUGGAUGGGUACCCAAGAAGCUAUUCGCAAGCGAUGGCGCUGGAAACUCUUAAUAUCCGACCUGACAUUUUCAUUCUUUUGGAUGUUCCAGAUGAACUUCUUGUUGAAAGGGUAGUUGGGAGACGGCUUGAUCCUGUAACUGGGAAAAUAUACCAUCUAAAGUAUUCCCCACCGGAGAAUGAAGAAAUCGCUUCAAGGCUUACACAGAGAUUUGAUGAUACAGAAGAAAAGGUUAAGCUGAGGUUACAGACUCAUUAUCAAAAUGUAGAAUCCUUGCUAUCAAUUUACGAAGAUGUGAUAGUUGAGGUAAAAGGGGAUGCUUUGGUGGAUGAUGUGUUUGCUGAGAUCGACAAGCAGCUGACUUCUAGCCUUGAUAAGAAAACAGAAAUGGUGGCUAGCGCAUGAGCAAAAGAUCUGUGCCGAUUGAACGUGCUCAGAUUCACUUAUUUUAUACUUUUCCAUGUAGUUGGAAAUUGGAAGUAUGGGAAUUUUGGUUUGAAGAAUCCCAUUAUUGUUGUAGACAAAUGGAAGUGACAAAGCAUCGACAGGAUGAAUGUUAGAAAUCUUUCUAUCAUACCUUUGAUGUACAUGCAUAGCUGCUGUCCUGUAAACACCUCUACCGAAGAAAUGGUUAGGAAUGUAUUUGAUAUACAACCCUAAUGAAAGGGUUGACUUCAUUUGAUUGUAUUUGCGGAGCCCUAGCAGCUGUUUGUUUCUACUUUCUACUGCUUCUGGGAGUAUCUGUAUAUGUAUCUACCCUAUAGAUGUUUCUGAUGCUAAGUCAAAACAUGUUAUGUGA